AUGUCCAAUCAAUUAUUUUUCCUGAGUUUGGCGGACAUCUUCUCGGUGUAUCCCGCCAUCUUCAAGGAGCAGAGCAAAAAGCUUAAAAAGAUGAAGCAAAUAUAUCUGCCCAGUGAUGAGGAGUGGCAGGACAAAAUGUAUUAUAUGCUCCUGGAGAUUCAACGACAGGUGAAUGACUCCACCGAUGAUACUGUUUCCCUGCAGGACAUCAACAAAAAGGAGAAACCAGUUUUCGAUCCUUUGAGAAUCACAAAGAUAAUAUCGCCUGGGGUUAGCCCAAAUGGUCGGCGGAGUAGGACCCUCAAAUACUGCCAUGCCACCACUGUGAAAAUAAAACUAAAAUCUGGCGCCCGGUGGACUCUGCCCACUAUUGCCAAUGCCGCCAAACUUCUAAGGAAGCCACCGAUUCCCGUCCAUUUCCAGAACGAGCAUGAGAUGAGAUUGGCCUACUCCUUGAUCUAUGAUGUCUUUCGAUAUAAGGUUGUAUUAUCGAAUGCGCUCAGUGAUGUUAGUUUCUUUGAGCAGCACAGUGAGUAUUUGAAAGACGAACAACGUAUCUGGCUGAUGCUCUUCGAGCUCUACGAUCGUCAGUUCAAGGGUCGUAACUCUGAAGAAAAGGGUCUUCAAGCGGAUCUCUACAAAGAGGCCGAAGUAACAGGUCUGGCCUCUGACCUCUGGCAGCAUCGCAUACGUUUGGCCGCCUCGAUUUCCCGGAUGCGGAUACGGGUGGGAGCACUCCGGCUGUCCCAACUGCUGCCCAUUCACUUGCAAAAUGAGAAAGUGGCCUUUGCAGCUGCUAAUCCCGUAGUCACAGGCUGGAUAAAUCCUUUUCUAGUGCGUAACAAGGAUGAGGCCGAUAAGAUUCUCACUGAGAUGGGAUUCACUGUCCAUGGACCUGACGAUGAACAGCCACUUCUGGAGCAGCACUGCAAGUGGGAUAAUAUAUGUCCACUGGUCAUAUCCUGUAUUCCCAAGGAUCGCAGCGAGUUCACAAAAUCUGUACUGAUGACCAAGCAUUAUUUUAUUAUGCAGGACAAAAACUUUACCUUUGGUCCGGCCAUCAUGUCCAAGCUGAUGGAUUACUUUGAGCUGGACGGGGACAUUCUUCAGACCCAUAUCGGUUCCCCCAGAUCCACCGCAUACUUGGCAGCUCUCUUCUAUUCGAUUAAUCGGGUAAACAACUUCUAUGUGUAUGGGGCGGGAGCCAAUCUGAAGGAGUAUCGUCGCUAUAUGGAAUUAAUCGGGGUUAAUAAUAUCAGAUUGUUCGGCGAUGCCUUUACCUCGUUUCCCAUGGAAUCGAAUCGAUUCAGGACAGUGGUGGGGAUAUUUGCCACGCCGCCGAACUCCUUUAGCGCCAUUUCGGAUCCCAUCGACCUGAUUUGUUCGCGGGGUGGGGAUCUCAGCAUGCUGGAGGUGCUCACGGAGUCGGAGGUCAGCGAGGAGGGCCGUCAGCGGGUGGCCAUGAUUCUGGAGGAGCAGCUGCUGACCCUCACCAUGUCUAUGUCGCGGCCGCAAGUCCAGUUCGUGCUCUACCAAACGCACUCCAUUGUGGGCACUGAAAACGAGGAUAUGGUCCGGCACGUCCUGGAAUUGAUCAACAAAUUAGCGCUGGAGAAACAUCGCAAUGCCUACAAGGAGCAGAAGCGCCUGGAGGCCUUGGCUGAGCUGGAAGCUGCCAAUAUUCCAGCGGCCGCCAUGAGCAAGGACUCUCCCCGGAAGAAGGACAAGCCAGCCGAGGCACCAGCUGCAGGACCUCCGGGAUCUACAGGUCCUCCCCUGCCCAGGGUGGAUAGUAUCGAUCUGAUUGUUAAUCCAGAAAUAGAUGAGUUCGUGCAGGACACGGUUCCGGACAUUUGCAUCAAUCAGGACGACUGCAUCAAGCAGCAGGUGACCGGCAGCUAUUUGUCCUUGGUGCGCAGGAAGACCCUGACCCACCUGAACGAGAAGUAUUUGAUCCGAAGAGCAGAGCAGAGGGGACUGUUUGGAAAGCCGGAGAAGGAUAUGAAGGACAAGAGCAAGCCGAAGGCAGUGAAGCUGCAGGAACAGCAGGCGGAGCCACUGCCCCAGGACAUGGGCUACGAGCAGAGACUCUCGGCCAGUCGAUCCAAUUCACAGCAGAUACUCCAGCGUCUGCAGCGAUCGACGAGCGCCAGUGCUAUCCGCUCGCACCUGACCAAACUGUCCGCUACCCACCGCCGCCCCAUCACCUUUAAUUUCAGGAGGCGGGAGUGCAGGCGGUUCCACGUCUUGCCCCUCUACAUGCACAGCACCAAGCAGAGCAUUCGAUUAUGGUGGCAAUACGCGUAUAGAUGCGUCACGCCCUCCGCCUCAAACAACGCCGGUGCCGUGUGGAAUCCUCAUCUUAAAUCUAGGCUGCACUGCAGCAGGCAGCUGCGUAUACGGAAGCUGAGACGAGGCCCCUGGUCAAGGCGGCAGCCACUACGACUGCAUAUUAAUGACAUUAAGCUGCUGUGCCAGGUGCGCAAGAGGAGCAAAUAGUUGCACAUUUCAUUUGACUGAUAACAAGCAAACAGCAA